AUGAUUGAUUUUAGUUAUCUGCGACCUCCAGCUGAUGUGUAUUAAAUCAAACAUGAUCGUAAUUUAAGAUCUCUUAUCCAUUAGCAUUCUAUAUUAAGCAUGGAGAAGGGAAGAAUCACGUUAGAAAAAUAUUCUUUCACCAAGAAUUUGAUGAUUAUGAAAAACAAAAAAUAAAGGAGUUGGUGGCGAGUAUCCAAUAACACAAAUUAGCAUUGCCUCCUGAGUAAUAUCAUUUUAAAGCUUUAGUUGGUGCCAAGAGUUGACUCUCAAAUAUUGUUAUUCAGGAGGCUUUGAAAUCAGCAAAUGCAUUCAGAGGUUACAAAAACAUUUGGAGUGGAUAAAUGACGACAAUUAUCAGGUCCUGUCUCCAGAGGCUGAAUAAUAUUUGGUUUCAAUUAAUAAAUAUUCAAUUUAGAAACAAGGCUACAUCUAUCAAUUUGGAAGAGAUCACCAAUACCGACCUGUUGUUUAUAUUUAAUUGCAUAUGAUUUCGAAAAACAAACUUCACGUACCCACUCUUUUAAAUGCAGCAACAGCUAUUGGGAACAUAGUAACCAAGUUUAUGUAUACUCGUGGUUACGUUGAAAAUUGGAUAGUCAUAUUGGAUAGUGGUGGUAGUGGAUUAUUUGAUUUCCCAUUCUCCACUCUCAGUAUGAUCAACGAAUUCUUUUCAAUAAACUACACUAGUUCAUUGCAUAAGAUGUUUAUUUUGAACCCUUCCUUCUUCUUCAACUCCUCCUGGAAAUUAAUUGAAAGUAGUUUCAAAUCCUAUACAUAGAAAUCAUCCACCCUGAGACUGCUGCCAAAAUCAAUUUCCUCAAAGCUUCAGAUUUCUACAAAUUGCAAGAAUUAAUUCCAGCCGAAGAGAUCGAAAUCAAAUAUGGAGGACAACAUCCGAAUCUAGUCAAUUUCUGGCCUCCCAUUAACACUAAGGCUUAAAACAAUUAACCUAACGAUGAGUUCUAAUACAAUUAAAGACCACAAACUCUUACGAAACGUACUUAAAGUGUUAAAGAAUCUGAAUAUUUUAGUAUUGAUAAUAAUUCCAAAGAGUUUUAUAAUAAUUCUAAAAUGAAAGGUAAUCUAUUAUUAAAGUAGAAUAUCGGAUACACGAACAGUUUCAAGAAAUUGAUUAAUAAAACUCAAAAUGUUGUUCUUGUAAAAUAAUGUGAAAC